AUGUUCGAGAAGCAGGCCCUAAAGCAGUACGACCGCUCCCUCGACCAAGAGUCCUGGCCGCUGCUCGAGCUCACAGACGCGUGCGUGUACCGCUACCGCCGCGGCGAGAAGGACAUCAUGGCCGACCUGCUCGACGUCCAAGACACCGGCCCCUACCGUAUCCGCGGGAAGCUGUCCCCCGUGCCGGCCGAGUUUGCGGAUAUCGUAUACCACGGCAAAGCCGCCCGCCUCUACAGCGAAGAACUCAUCAUCGCCGGCGUCACCACCUACUCCAUCCAGUCCCUCUCCGACGGCACCUUCACGCUCUGGGCACUGGGCCAAUGCGGCUGGUACUCCCUGCGGCCCUCGCGCAGCUACUCCGGCAUCUUCGCGGGCGCAACCGAGAAGAUGCAGCUGUGGGCGUUCCUGCAGGACCGGUAUCUCGACGUCUACUCCGGCGCCGGCCCGCCCAUCCCGGGGACUGUGGGCGAGGUGUAUGCAGACUACUCGCGGCUGCGGCGCGAGAUCUGUCCCAGCGCAAAGACGGCGCAGCGGCUGUUUGACCAGCACCACCGCUUCCUGCUGUUUGAGAUGUGUGCGGCGUGGACGGACACGCCCAUGUGGGCGCGCACGCCGCUGUUUCGCGACUGGGAGGUGGCGUAUAAGCGCGAGGUGGAAGGGGUGGUGAAGAUGGCGGCGGCGGGCAGUUUGGAGGAGAGGAUUAAGGCGGGGGCGGUGAAGAUGGAGGUGAAGGAGGAGGAGGACGAGGACGAGGAGGGGAUGGAUGAGGAUGAUGAGGAUGAGGGUGAAGAGGUACCGCCGCCGCGCUCGAUGGUCAAGAAGCAGGGCGGCAGCUGGAAGACGGCUGCAAAGAAGGUACCCGCAAAGAAGCUGGUGCCGGCCAAGAAGCUGGUGCAGCAGAAACUCGCGCCCAUCUUCAUCAAAAGGGAGCCCGCAGCGGAGCCGGAACACAUCAUCAUCCUCGACACGGACGACGAGUUCGACGCCAGCAUGCACAACGCCGGCGCCGAAACCGACACCGACUCCGACUGCGACCCCGACGAAGAAGACGAAGAAGACGACGAAGACAACGAGGACGAAGACGAAGAGCAAGACACCCAUCCCUCCUUCUCCUCCACUGCCCGCCGCAGCAACCGCCCCAAGCCCACCACCCCCCGCGGCCGCCCAACCCACAGCUCAAAAGGCAAGUCCGCCCUCCGCCCCAUCCGCACACCCGCGCCCCCGCCCGCCGUCGAGUUCUACUACGACUCGGACUCCUCCUCCUGUGCCCCGCGCCCACCCUCCAAGCGCGCCUUCUCAUCCACCACGGCCAGCAGUACCACAACAUCUACAAAACGCACCCUCGACACCAGCACCACCGCCACCUCCCGCUCCGCCUCCAAACGCGCCUGUACAUCCAGCACCCGCAGCGCCGCCUCCACGCCCACCACCACCACCACCACCAGCAGCAGCAGCACCACCAGCACGCAGCCAUCCCUCAUCACCACCCUGCGCAUCGGCGCACCCACCACCAAAUCCACCAGCACGACCACAAACGCCAAAGCCACCGCAGCACGCAUCAAGACCACCACCACCACCACCACCACAACCUUCAUCUCCCCGCUCUCCUCCAUCACACCAAAAACCCUCGGCUCCAACCGUCCGGGGGGUCUAUGGGAGUGCGAGAUCGCCGGCUGCCGACACUUCAUCCUCGACGCGGACCGCGAGGAGAGCCUGGCGGCGGUGGAGGCGCACUAUGAGGAGCAUGGACGGGUGAUGCGGAUUGCGAUGGAGGCGAUUGGCGGGGAGGUUGUGGAGGAGAGGGGCGGCGGGGGGAGUGUUGAUAAUUUGUUGGCGAAGAUUGAGGCGAUGGCGGAGCGGUGGGCGAUGGCGAAGCCGGCGCCGUUGGGGGGUGAUGGGGAGGGUGGGUUCUAG